AUGCAAAUCCUCACUACUAUCGUCGCUCUCGCCGUAGGCAUUGCUGGUACUUUCCCAUCCGCAUUCGCAAAGCCCCAGCUUUCCAAACGCGACGAGGUCCAUUGUGGAACCACCGACGAUGCCACUUUGUCCGACUGCCGGGCUCUGAUCGACAACAGGGACAACUGGAACGCCGCUUUCGCCGGCAAUGACAAUCUUUGCCACUAUACUAACCCUCAAGACUUGAAGUUCAACUACCCGGCCUACAACACUGCUUGCCGCGGAGAAUGUUGCGUCUACUACGCUAGCGGAGAUAGCGACGAGGGCCCCGUCCCGAAUGCCGAGACGAUCCGCAGCCGCGCGGCUGGGCUCCUUGGCUGUGGCGACACUGGGUCCAACAAGGUCAACGCAUUGGGUGUCGCCGGUGAUGGGUCCGGCGUCUGUAUCAGCAAUGGUGACGGCUGCGGCGACUGCUUCGACGAUUCUGACUUCAUCAACUGA